AGGAUGGAUUGAUCUAGGUUUGACGUCAAGAAAUUCACGCAGUUCAUUUGUCAGUUUUCCAAGAGUUGUAUUUAUCCAUUGACAGGAUGACUGAUUUUCAUUGGAAGUUUUUGGAAUAUGACACAAUGGCAUGUCUGGAGACUAUUUAAAAGUCAGCCCAACCAGGGAGAAACACAUUCAAAUACCAGGUCCUCGGCACAGUUCCAUCAACCUACGGAGCAAAAUGAUGGAUAAAGCCACUUCUGUUCAUCUGUGCCUUGGGACAUUAACUUUCUUGUUCAUGAUUUCUGCUCAUUCAACUCAAGGGAAGCCUUAUAUAUUGCAAGAGAAAGAAGAUAUGAAUCACCAGGAUAUGCUAUUGACACUUCUCCUCAACAAACACCUUCCACUGAGAAGACCUUCACAUUUUGAGAUGGAGCUGGAGAGCAAGCUAGAGCAACUGGAACAGCUGGAAAAGCUUAAAGAACAACUUCUGGAAGAUAAAAGUGGAGAUAUGAGCUACACCAUGGAUAGACUGUCACCAUCACACCAUACCAAACGAGCUUGUUUUUGGAAAUACUGUGUGUGAAGAAUCCAUAUCAAAAGAGGAUAUAAUCAUUUCAAUUUUUAUUGAAGCUUUGGAAUAUAAACCAAAUUAACUUUAGCAACAAACAGAAACUGUGAAGUUAUAUUUUUAUGCAAUGUUUGUAAUUUAUUUGUGUGUUUUGGUGUGUUCAUCUCAGUGGAAAGCUGUACAUAAUCUUUGGAGUUUUCAAUUCCCUGGAGAUUCAUGAGUUCACAAUGCAUUAAAUAUAAUGCAUUUUUUGUCUCAUUGGAUGUGUCAAAAUGAAUUUAUUGCUGUAUUUUCAGACAUUGGCUGUCAUCAUGAAAUCUUUAUUACACA